UUUUUUACCCGCCCAUCAUGUCUGCUGACCAAAUCACCCAGUCUUUGGACAAGUUGAACAUUGACGCUGCUGCCCCAGUCGAGCAGCAGAAUGCCGCCCCUGCUGCCCCACAGGCCACGGAGGAAUCUGCCGAGACCGAGGAUGUUGUUUCCGAGCUGUCGGCGUCUUUGUAUGUUGGAGAAUUGAACCCUUCGGUCAACGAGGCUCUUUUGUUCGAGAUCUUUUCGCCUUUGGGCCCUGUCUCGUCCAUCAGAAUCUGCCGUGAUGCCGUGACCAAGAAGAGCUUGGGCUACGGUUAUGUCAACUUCCUCAAACACGAGGAUGGCGACAAGGCCUUGGAGCAAUUGAACUACUCUUUGGUCGACGGCAGACCAUGCCGUAUCAUGUGGUCGCAACGUGACCCAUCCUUGAGAAGAAACGGCGACGGCAACAUCUUCAUCAAGAACUUGCACCCGGACAUCGACAACAAAGCCUUGCACGACACCUUCUCUGCAUUUGGCCGUAUCUUGUCUUGUAAGGUUGCCACCGACAGCAUGGGCCGCUCCAAGUGCUUUGGUUUCGUGCACUACGAGACCGCCGAGGCUGCUGAGGCUGCCAUUGAGAACGUCAACGGUAUGUCCUUGAACGACCUCGAGGUCUACGUCGGCAAGCACGUGUCCAAGAAGGAGAGAGAGGACAAGAUGGAGGAGUUGAAGGCCAGAUUUACCAACGUUUUCGUCAAGAACUUUGGCUCCGAGUACUCCGAGGAAGACUUGACCAAGUUGUUCGAGCCUUUCGGAAAGAUCACUUCGCUCUACUUCGAGAAGGAUGCUGAGGGCAAGUCUAGAGGUUUCGGUUUCAUCAACUUCGAGGACCACAAGGCCGCUGUCAAGGCUGUUGAGGAGUUGAACGACACCGAGAUCAACGGCCAGAAGAUCUACGUCGGUAGAGCCCAAAAGAAGAGAGAGAGAGUUGAGGAAUUGAAGAAGCAGUACGAGACCACCAGAUUGGAGAAGUUGUCCAAGUACCAGGGUGUCAACUUGUUCGUUAAGAACUUGGAUGACGCCAUCACCUCCGAGCUUUUGGAAGAGGAGUUCAAGCCAUUUGGAACCAUCACCUCUGCUAAGGUUAUGGUUGAUGAGGCUGGCAAGUCUAAGGGCUUUGGUUUCGUUUGCUUCUCCACUCCUGAGGAGGCCACCAAGGCCAUCACCGAAAUGAACCAGCGCAUGGUCAUGAACAAGCCUUUGUACGUUGCUUUGGCCCAACGUAAGGACGUCAGACGUUCUCAAUUGGAGCAACAAAUCCACGCUCGUAACCAGAUGAGAAUGCAAAACGCUGCUGCCUCUGGCAUGCCAGGUCAGUUCAUGCCUCCUAUGUUCUACGGCCAACAACCAGGUUUCUUCCAAGGUAACGGUAGAAACAACGGUCCUUUUCCAGGCCCUAACCCACAAAUGAUGAUGCCAAGAGGUCAGAUGCCUCCACCUCAAGGUCAAUGGCCUAGAGCUGGUCCAAAUGGCCAGCCCGUCCCAGUCUACGGCAUGCCACCAGUCUACGGUGACUUCCCAGGUCCUAACGGUCGCCAACAGAGAGGUUACUUCCCUAACCAGCGCAACCAAAAGGCUCACUCUAAGGACUUGGCUGCUAUCAUUGCUUCUGCCCCAGAGGCCGAGCACAAGAGAAUCUUGGGUGAGGAGUUGUACCCUAAGAUCGUCGCUACUGGAAAGGCUCAAGAGCCCGAGGCUGCUGGUAAGAUUACUGGUAUGAUGUUGGACUUGGACAACCAAGAGAUCUUGGCUUUGUUGGAAAACGAUGACUUGUUCAACAACCACUUUGAGGAUGCCUUGACUGCUUAUGAGGAGUACAAGAAGUCGGAGGAGGCUCAGGCUUAGGUUGAUUGCUUGUAGUAAUAAUGGUAAGUGGUUCUAGUUCUCAAAUCAACUAUUUUAUAGUUUUUUUUUUGGAUGGGUAAUUGGAUUUGUUUUUAUAUACCAAAAGUAAAAAAAAAAA